AUGAAGUACGUGCUUGUAACAGGUGGUGUUGUGAGUGGAUUAGGUAAAGGAGUAACAGCAAGUAGUAUUGGUGUUCUUCUUAAAGCUUGUGGUCUUCGUGUUACUUCAAUCAAAAUCGAUCCUUAUCUAAACACUGAUGCUGGAACCAUGUCUCCAUUUGAACAUGGUGAAGUGUUUGUCUUGGACGAUGGUGGUGAGGUGGAUCUUGAUCUUGGAAACUACGAGAGGUUUUUAGAUAUCAAAUUAACAAGAGACAAUAACAUAACUACUGGUAAAAUUUACCAGCAUGUUAUUGCUAAAGAGAGGAAAGGAGAUUAUUUGGGAAAGACUGUUCAGGUUGUUCCUCAUAUUACUGAUGCAAUUCAAGAAUGGAUCGAAAGAGUCGCGGUUAUUCCUGUUGAUGGAGAGGAUGAUCCUGCUGAUGUUUGUGUUAUCGAAUUAGGCGGAACUAUAGGUGAUAUUGAAUCUGCGCCUUUUAUCGAAGCGCUUGGCCAAUUCUCUUACCGUGUAGGACCAGGGAAUUUCUGUCUGGUCCACGUCAGCCUCGUGCCUGUGCUUAAUGUUGUUGGUGAACAGAAAACUAAACCGACACAGCAUAGUGUCAAAGGGCUACGAGGCUUGGGUUUGACACCGGAUUUCUUAGCUUGUCGGAGCACAAAGCCACUUGAAGAGAAUGUGAAAGAAAAACUAGCUCAAUUUUGCCAUGUCCCGCUUGACUAUAUCUUCACUCUUUAUGAUGUUCCCAACAUUUGGCACAUUCCUUUGUUNCUAAAGGAUCAGAAGGCUCACCUGGCAAUCUCAAAAGUGCUUAACCUUACUAGUAUUGUUAAAGAACCUUCUCUAGGAGAAUGGACUUCCAGAGCCGAAUUAUGCGACAAUUUACAUGUGCCGGUGAGAAUCGCUGUUGUGGGGAAAUAUACAGGCCUCUCCGAUGCCUAUCUCUCUGUUUUGAAGGCUCUGUUACAUGCUUCUGUGGCUUGUCGCAAAAAGCUCGUAGUGGAUUGGGUUCCAGCUUGUGAUCUCGAGAACGAAACUGAGAAAGAGAAUCCAGAUGCGUAUAAAGCUGCGUGGAAGUUGCUAAAGGGUGUAGAUGGAGUUCUUGUCCCUGGAGGUUUUGGUGAUAGAGGAGUGGAAGGGAAGAUUCUUGCAGCAAAAUUCGCGCGUGAAAACAAAGUCCCUUUCCUCGGUAUUUGUCUCGGGAUGCAGAUCGCUGUCGUUGAGUUUGCAAGAUCAGUUCUUAGCUUGCAGGACGCAAACAGCACCGAAUUCAAACCAGAUACCAAACAUCCAUGCAUCAUAUUCAUGCCUGAGGGUUCAAGAACUCAUAUGGGAGGUACUAUGCGCUUAGGAUCAAGAAGAAGUUUCUUCAAUGUCAAAGACAGUAAAUCUGCAAAACUAUACGGGAACAAAAAGUUUGUCGAUGAGAGGCAUCGCCAUAGAUACGAGGUGAAUCCUGAUAUGGUUGAACGCUUAGAGAAGGCCGGUCUCUCGUUUGCUGCAAAAGAUGAAACUGGCAAACGCAUGGAGAUUGUUGAACUUCCAAACCAUCCUUUCUUCAUCGGUGCUCAAUUCCAUCCCGAGUUUAAAUCCAGACCCGGGAAAGCUUCUCCUCUUUUCAUAGGACUCAUUGCAGCAUCAUGUCGUGAGCUAGACACAGUCAUGAAUCCAACCUCUGUUCAUCAGCAUCCGAUUAGUAACGGUCCAAAGAAUGUUUUCAUCAAUGGAACCUCCAAGAAAUCUCCCAAUGGCUUGGCUGAUGCAAGAUAUAAUAAUAAAUACUGCAAUGGCCUCUACACUAGAUAG